AUGGAUAACUAACCUCACUCUAAAAGUCUUGGAGAUGAAAUUUUAGAACAUCUUGAAAGAAAUGCCGCUAUGUACAUUUAAACUUAAGAUUAAAAUAACAACAACCUAGAUAAAUAAACACCUUAAUUGAUGAUUCCUAUUAUAACAAUUUCUCCUUAGAUUCCAAGUCUAAAGGAAAUUAAAUUAGUUAACUCUCUUCUUGUAACUGGUGAUGGAUAACAUAACUCAGUUAAACUAAUUUGUCAGAAUUGCAAGAAAUAAGUAAUAUAUGUAUAAAAUAUGUUAAAAGAUUCAAACUAAAUUAACCAGAAGAGUUGGAAAAGGUGCAUUGAUUGUUUCUUGUAUUCUACUUCUUUGUUCUUUUGGAAUUUUAUGUUUAACUUGUUUACCUUGUUACAUUGAUGAUUGUAAAGAUAUUGUACAUCUCUGUCCAGAUUGUCAAUUCCAUAAUGGAUCAACACCUUAUCAAGUGUUUUGA